AUGAGCAUCCAUGUCGAAAAAAAAUGUCGCACAUCCUCGAGGUGCUUGACGCGCUCGGAAACGAGCAACGGUCAACAUUGGCUAAAUUUCGAAAGUCUGCCGCCCGAGGUGCUGGAGCUGGUGAUGCGCUUCUUACCCUACAGCGAAAUAGCCAAUCAGAUGCGAUUGGUUUCCAGAAAAUGCUGCUCCGUGUCGACGACGAUCCUGAACAGCGCCUUCUUGUCGUCGGUACAAAGGACCCGCCGAGUUAUGGAACAUUUAGAGCGGGCCUCGAAGGACGCCACCGACGGUGAGCUGCGGCUGGGCGCGCGCAACGGCCUCGAGCUCGUUCUCCACCAGUGCAGCCUGCUGAGGGCCGUCGUCUGGCGCUACACCCAUCCGCCGAGCAGCAGCGGUCAAUUCGAGCGGCACUGCUUUUACGCCGGCAGCAUACUCGACGAUCUCGACGCCAUCCUGAGGCAGGCCCUCUCGAGCCCGGCCGAUCUCUGCGUCAAGGACGACUCGGGCCAACCGAUCGGCAAAUUCACCGCCGCUUGCAAAAAGUUCAUGAAUUACUUUGAAAAAGUCACCGAGCGCAAAAUCAACAAAUCCAGCCUGAUAUCCGGUUGCAAGAGCGUCGACAUACUCGACUGCCUGCUGGAGGGUCGGGAAGUGCGACAGGUGAGGAUUUCGCGUCGCAGCGGAGCAGUCACGAUGAGGAUACGCUACGUGAUGUCGCGAGCCUGGUUCACCUGCCUCGAGGUGCCGCUCGGUGGCAACGUCGACGAAAACUCCUGGCGGGAUCGGCAGAGAUUCAUGUACCUGAGGCUGCGCCGCCUCAUCGGCAGCUUCAACGAGCACUACCUCGAGAAGGUGCACUACGAGCGAGAGUGCCAGCUGCUCAAGGACGCCAACGCGCAGCUGCCCAUGCCCAAGCCCCCGCCCUGCUCCACCUAUUCCGGCUACGGCGAGUACGGCGGCUCCUUCUUCUACUACGGCAACAUGAACGAGUUCGCCUACGAGUCCAAGGUCGUCGACGCCUGGCGACGCACCACUGCCCUGCGCGAUCGCAACAACAAACGCUUGGCCAUCAAGAAGCCCAACUACGACCUGGUGAUCGACGUCGAGCUCAGAUGCUCGCCGGAUCUGGCGCCGCUCGCCAUCAGGUCGACCUUGAAGUGCGACGACAUCGAGUACCUGGACGAGAGCGAGGCCGAGUCCUCCAAUCCCGAGAUGUAUCUGCGUAUGAGCGUCAAUUGUCCCGCCUCCAAACUCAACAGGCUGCCCAGUCACUUCGAGUGGGAGCUGAGGAGCCCGUCCGAGCCAAAAACUACUCGUCGCACUCGCAGUCGAUCCUAA